UGCGACGUGUUGCUCCUCGAUUCUCUAUCCCUCCGAGCAACCACGAGGUGAUGCCUGGGGGGAGCGUGAACCUCACAUGCGUGGCAGUAGGUGCUCCGAUGCCCUAUGUGAAGUGGAUGGCUGGUGUGGAGGAACUGACCAAAGAGGAUGAGAUGCCCGUCGGAAGGAACGUCCUGGAACUGAAUAACAUUGUGCAGUCUGCCAACUACACCUGUGUGGCCAUCUCCUCCCUCGGCAUGAUAGAAGCCACAGCCCAGAUCACUGUUAAAGCACUGCCAAAACCUCCAACAGAGCCAUUAGUGACUGAAACGACAGCUACCAGUGUGACCCUCACCUGGGAUUCGGGCAACUCCGACCCCAUUUCAUAUUAUGUCAUCCAGUACAAGCCCAGAUCCUUGGAGGGUCAGUUCCAGGAAGUGGACGGUGUGGCAACAACCCGCUAUAGCAUAGGUGGGCUCAGCCCCUUCUCAGAGUAUGAGUUCCGGAUCAUCGCAGUCAAUAACAUUGGCAGGGGUCCCCCCAGCGAGCUGGUCGAGGCCCGGACAGGAGAGCAAGCUCCUUCAAGUCCACCCCUCAAAGUCCAGGCGCGGAUGCUGAGCGCCAGCACCAUGCUGGUCCAGUGGGAGCAGCCGGAGGAGCCAAACGGGCAGAUCCGAGGCUACCGCGUUUACUAUACCACCGACCCACACCUGCCUUUGAGCAUGUGGCAGAAACACAACACUGACGACAGCCACCUCACCACCGUGGGGAGCCUCAUCACAGGAACCACCUACAGCAUCCGCGUCCUGGCCUUCACUUCGGUGGGCGACGGACCCCCCUCGGACAUCAUCCAGGUCAAAACGCAGCAAGGGGUUCCUGCCCAGCCAGCUGACUUCCAGGCAGAAGCGGAGUCAGAUACCCGCAUCCUGUUGACAUGGCUGCCCGCCUCUCAGGAACGCAUUACUAAAUACGAGCUGCUGUACUGGGAAGGGGAAGAUGGCACUCAGCAAAAGGUGGAGUUUGACCCAACCUCCUCGUAUGCUGUGGAAGGUCUCAAGCCAGACACGCUGUAUAAGUUCCGUCUGGGUGCCCGCUCAGAGCUGGGGGUAGGAGUCUACACCCCCAUGAUCGAAGCCAGAACUGCCCAAUCCACCCCCUCCGCCCCACCCCAAGAGGUCGAGUGUGUAAGCACCAGCUCUACCACCAUCCGGGUAAGUUGGGUGCCACCGCCUGCCCAGAGCCGCAAUGGGGUCAUCACCCAGUACUCCAUUGCAUACCAAGCAGUGGAAGGAGAUGACAACACCAAGCAUGUGGUGGAUGGCAUUGGACGGGAACACUCCAGCUGGGAGAUCAAGGACCUGGAGAAAUGGACCGAGUACAAGGUGUGGGUAAGGGCUCACACUGAUGUGGGGCCAGGACCGGAGAGCAUCCCCGUGCACGUGCGCACUGACGAGGAUG